CGGAGAAAAGUCAUUCUGCUUUCGCGAGAGUUCAAGUCGCAUUUUGAGCGGAGUCAAGAAAAGAUCGUCGUCGUCGAAGGUUUCUGUGCGAUUUGAGAAAGGAAACGUGAAGAAAAGACAUUUUUCGCCUUUUCAUGGUUCUUCAAUAUCAUUAAAUUGUGUAAAAUUAGGAGUGUACGGGAUUUGGGUGGUGUUUCGAAAAUGUCCGUGUCGAGUUAGUGGUGAUGGUCGUGUGUCCGUGGGUGAAUCCAGCCGAAUGAUUGUCCGUAAGCUCUAGCGAGAAAAGAAAAUCGCUGAUCGGUGACUGGUAGAAAGAAAGUCUGUCGUCAGCAAAGGCGAUAUUUUCGGUUACCGUUUCUCUGCUUCUGCUGGAGAUUGAAAAAGUGGAACAACUAAAUCGGGAAGGUGGACCUGGUAUUUGACUAGUGUUUGAUGCUUCGGGUGAAAUCUGUUACGUGUUUAUAACAAAUGGUAUAAAGGGGAACGGCGUAGAAGUUUCCGUGAAAACGGUACUGUUCCAACUUGGAUUUCUAUCAUUCUUUGCUCGGAAUGGGAGUUUUUGUUGGAAAAUUAAGUUAACCGGAAAUGUGCCUGUGAUGAACUCAGCAAACAGCGCAGGUCACGAUCGUCCGUUUUUUCCGUAGACUGGUGGAACUCCGUGUGAAUCCGAGAGCGUGUGAAUAUCUCAGUUUUUUUAACAACCUGCCAGAGGUUGAAAUCUUGAAACAAUCCCGUUUAUCCGGUAGUGUUUUCCGGCAAACCAACCGAACAGCUGGAAAAGAUCCAUCCGGAAGGUGACACACAGGUUGUGCUAGUGAUUACUCAUCGCGUUCUAGAGCUGUCAUUCUCAAUUAUUCAUACCUUACCAACUACAAACGCAGCUCAUGUUGAAUGUCGUUGUUAGUGGAAAUUGCAAAAUAUACUGGCGUCAUCGAGUGUGCCCGUGCCAGAACCGGUGCUAGGAGUGCGGGGGCGAGCGAACACGGUUUGAAGGUGUUCGUAGAGGCUGCUUGAUUUUUUUUUCUCUCUGGAGGAAGUGAAACAAUAGCUAGAAAAUCGAAGGUGUUGUGUGAAUGUUCGGGGAUAGUCAACCAGGGCGAGCAGCAGAAAAGUGGAAUAUAUAAAGCAACAAAGAAAAAGUUUCAAAAAAUUGGAAGAGAAAGUUUGUGGGUUUUUGGUGAGAAGUGCAGACGAAAGGAAAGAGCUGCGAGAAGUGUCGCGCGAUAGUGUCAUCUGUUUUACAUGUGAGUGUUGGUGCUAAGAGUUGCAGGAACGGAAUCGAUAGGCUCCGGAUAAGAUGGAUUUGCAACAGCCACAGCAGAGAUCAGCAUAUGAAAUGGAGACGCAGGAAUCCCGAUUUGCCAAACAACGUGCCUCGGUGAAAUGGCUUCUAUCGAAAGCAUACAACAACCGAGUGCCGGAGUUCCUCAAGGAUCCCUUCUACCGGGACCACGAAGGUCAGGACCACCUCAAGCCACAGAUCGUCGUCGGACUGGGGAAUGCCUCAAUCUACUGCCAAGUGCUGAGCAACAUCUACUCGGACCCGAACUACCAGAGUCUGAACCACUGGUCCAUUCUGCAGACUUUGUCCCGAAAGGGUGUGCCAAUGAACGAAUCUCCCGAUCAGCCGCUCACGGAGACCGUUCUGAUCCAAACGAAUCCUCUUAGAAUUAAUGCCCACAUGACUGUGAUAGAAGCACUGAUGGUGUUGUACGCUAAAGAAGUGGCUUCCAGUGGAAGAAUUUCCAGUGCUUUAGAAAGAAUAUCAGGCCGCAGCGGAUCGCAACCCGUGCAGCACCACGAAGCGGCCUUACUGAGCUGGGUUUCGCAUGUGUGCAGUGCAUUGAAGCGGCGCAUUGACUACGAGGUGUCCAACGGUGGCGGGGCUGGUUCCGGCCUUGCUGUCGAUGAAUACGGUCAACGGCUGCAGAGUCCGAACAUUCCACCGGUACGCGAUAUCCGUGAACUGUGCGAUGGAGUCAGUUUAGCGUACCUAAUAUCGUACUACUGUCCCAAAUUAGUUCCCUGGCCUAGUGUGAAAUUUAAUCACGUGCCAACCAUAGAGGAUUCUAUUCACAACAUCCUCAUUGUCAGUAACUUUUCCGAGCGAAGUUUGCCAUAUUCAGUGUUCCAUAUGACGCCAGAAGACAUUACCUAUAUGCGAGGAGCUAUGAAACAGAACCUAGUAGUACUAUUGGCCGAUCUAUUCAACUUGUUUGAGAUCCAUCCAGCCAAGUGUGUCUGCUAUCCCGGUAUGGAGCAACAACAAGUCGUAGUCACUCGUUCGCCAUCUGCAAGCACCCUGCGGAAGCAUGUCUCAGCCCGGGAUAUACCGGAUCAGCAGCCGCAAUAUUCACAGCAUUCUCCUCAACAACAGCAACCCUAUCAGAACCAGGACGAAGGGUUUGUCGUGCAUAGAAGUAAAGGAGUACCGACAUUGUCGUCAAUGCAGGAACCACUAGUGCCGGCCCGGAUACGGCAAGCAAAGGAAAAAACCAACAACGACUCGAAAGCCGAGGAACGGGGUAAGUUUAAAACACCAAACACAGUUCUGGUUGUUAAUUUUUCCUAGUUUUUUUCCACUUUU